GUGCACGAGAAGGAGCGUCCCUACCCUUGCGCCGAGUGCGGCAAGAGCUUCAACCGCCUCACGCACCUCAAGACCCACCAGCGGACGCACACGGGGGUGAAGCCCUACGCGUGCGGCGAGUGCGGCAAGAGCUUCGGACACCUCUCGACGCUCACCACCCACCAGCGCCUGCACACGGGCGAGCGGCCCUACUCGUGCGGCGCCUGCGCCAAGACCUUCACCAACCCCUCGGACCUCAACAAGCACCAGCGCUCGCACACGGGCGAGCGGCCGUACCCGUGCGCCGCGUGCGGCAAGCGCUUCAGCCAACAGUCCAACCUCACCAUGCACCAGCGCUCGCACACCGAGGAGCGCCCGUACCCGUGCGGCGAGUGCGGCAAGAGCUUCAAGUACCUGGCGGACCUCACGGUGCACGAGCGCUCGCACACGGGCGAGCGGCCCUUCCCCUGCCCGCAGUGCGGCAAGAGCUUCAGCAACAAGUCCUCGCUCGCGCGGCACACGCGCAUCCACGCGCGCGCGGCCGCCGGGAAUAAGUGA